AUGGGGGAUUCACAACAAGGAAAUAACAAAGGAAAGAGCAAAGAGAAAGAGAACUAUGAAUCUUGGACCAUGGACGAUACCAAUGAGUUGUUGCACCUCUUGGUGGAUGCUAUCAAUAGUGGUUUGCGUGAUGCUAAUGGGUCACUUAGCAAGCAAAAUGUAGAAAGAUCCCACCCAAGUCAUAGUAAACUUCAAGAAGAGAGUGUUGUUGAUUAUGAGGAUUUGAAGAUUGUCGUUGGAGGUGGAACUGCAACUGGGAAUGGCUCCAUUGCCUUGGGCGCUAAUGAUACCGAUGCAACAACUUAUAGGGAAGAAAAUAGAGAUUUUGUGAUGGAAGACUUUUCAUAUGAUCGUAACAAUGAUGCAUUCAUAGCACCAAAUCACUAUGAACCAUCCUACUAG